AUGGAUAAAGACGUGAGUAACGCUUUGGAGCAAUUUUUGAGUGAUGGUGAUUCACCAGGAGAACAUGUCGUGGAAGAUAGUACCACCGUACAGGUUAAAAAGUCGAAACUUUUUUCAUAUUAACAACUGGUUAAGGUCAAAAAUCCGGCGGCGCGCAAAACGGGAGAGCAAAUGGAAGUUUUCUACACACGCAAGACGACGGUGGUUUCGCCGCCCAACUCCGAUGACGAGGACAUUUGUAGGGUAAUUGACUUUUUUUUGUCUUAUUAUGCAUCCAUUUCAGUUUCUCAAUCGGAUACGGAGUUGUUGAAUGCAAACCGUUCGCGAUCGACUUCUUUCCGACAUGCUGCCGCGGGAAGCGAUGAUGAGCUUCACCCUCGGCAUACAACUCUGCGGUAAUUUUUAAGUUCCGGAGGCUACGGAAGCUUAUAAAAAAAUCGAUGAAAUAAAAAUUUUUCUAGAAUCAAUUUCUGAAUAUUUGAUUUUUUUAGAGGGUGAACCAAAGUUUUUUUAUUAGACAAUCGGAUUAUAUAUAUGUGAAGUAUAUAUAUUUUUUUUUAAAGAUAUCGCCGAAAGAAGGGAGGGCAGUGGCGCCAAAUCAAACACGCCGAAUCAGGAGAAAAGCGUCAUGACGAUGAAGAUGAGCUGGAGGUUUUUUCUUCUUUUUUUUUUACACCGUUAAACGCUAUCUUACAGGUUGAUGUCAAAGAAGAACUCUCUGAAACGACUGGUAUCGUAACUAAAGUAGGGAAGUUUUUUUAUUAAUAAUUUAAAAAUAUUAAAAAAACAUUUCAACUUUUUUUUGUUCUGAUAUCAUGUGAAGACAUUUUACAGACGUACGAAGCCCGGUGGAAAGUUUUAAAGUAUGAGAAUUUACCUGAAUGGUUGCAGGACAAUGAAUUCUUGAGGUUUUCUCAUGAUGAUGUAAUUCAUCAAAUAUAAUUUCUGUUAUCAGACAUGGCCAUCGACCUCCGCUCCCAUCAUUCGCCGAGUGUUUCAAAAGUAUUUGGUCGCUUCAUACAGAAACCGGCAACAUUUGGACCCACCUUCUAGGUCGGUUUUUUUUUUUCGUACAGGGAGAAAAAUGUGUGCGUGUGUAUGUGGCGUGAUGUGCUUAUCUAUGUAAUUUGGACGGGUCAAGUGUCUCUUUUUGAUAAAUGUGUCUGAAGUGCUUCUCGUAUAGGAGGAAAGUUGCAUUCUUUGCAGUUAUUCAACUCUCAAGAUUUUUAAUAUUAUAAAAAUGGAAAGAAUUGAUGAACUUUUCUAUGAAGAGAGAAGACUGCAGAGAUCUUACAAGAGAUUUCAUUUUACUUAGCGGUUGAAAUUUUUCUGAAAAUAGACCUGAAAUACUCAUUUAUGUACCAUAUAGAGGUUCUCAAACUUUCAAUCUGCACUCUAGUUUUUAGUUUUUUAGAGCAAUUCGAAUCCUUAAAAUUUGUUAAAUAAGGCUGUUUUGGGGCUAUGAGCCACAUUUCUCAAAAACUAGGAAGUAAUGCAGGUUGAGACCGCAAAGUAAGAUAACCUUCCUUCUAAGAAGCUUCCCAAAAGCUCUAUUUUGAAAGAAAUAUAUUUUUAUGUGAAUUCCCACCCAUUUGAUCUUUUAGGAAGUGAAUGUGUUUGACCAAAGAAACAAAUAAAAACGAAAAGAGGCGCAAUUAUUGUUGUUGUUGUCCGUGGGAACGCGCCUAGCCGAUCAGUCACCACGGCCGCGUGACGGCGACACGUGCCGCCGUCUCAAUUGUUUUCCAACAAGCUGGGGGUUGCCCGUCGACGCCUUUCGAUUUGAAAAAAAACACCCAACAGGAAGUUCCUCUAAUGCGAGAAUUGAACAGCCCUGUCAACUUUUGAAAACCAAAUCUAACAUUUUUUUAAAGGGGCGAAGGUGAUGAACUCGUUAAAAUCAAUUUACUUUUUGCAAUGGCGAUUUUGUACUCAAUAAAAAAAUGGUCAAAAAGCUUUUUUUAACAUUCGUAGAAAAAAAUAAGCAGCACAUCAAUCAAAAUUUUUUUAAUUUCGCUCAUAAAUAUUUUUGCUUGACGGUUCGAGCUGUUUGAAGAGGUUUUUAGCCUUAUAAUAACGAUCGCAAGUUAAAUGACAAAUCGUUUGAAGAAUUGAGCAAGUUUUUUUCAAGAGGAAAAAUUCGUUUAUAAAAGUUAUGUGCGUUUUUUUGGUGAUUUGAGGAUAAUUUAAAUUACUUUUAUUCCUACCAACUCCAAGGAUUGGACAAUAAAAAAAUUUUUUUGUUUGUGAUUUGAAAAAAAUUUUUCUCUAAAUGAAAAAAACGCUUAAUUUUUCAGGCUGCAUUGCGUUCUUUUUUUCUGGCCUGUUGGUUUUUGUCGCGGCCUGACAAUCACAUUCAAUUUCAAGAGAAGGUAACUUGAUUUUAGAACGAAAAGUUCAUAUGACUUUUUUUACAUUUUUUUUCUGCUGAAAUCAGAGAAAUAUUUUUUUCCCUCAAUCAAUUUGAAGAGAUGCCAGAGAAGAUUGGAAUACCUCUUGAAGUGUCCUCUUACGCGGGGCCGGUGGUAUGAAAAAAACACCGGCGAAAAUCCAAACGGCGACUUUUCCGAUUUUUUCAUAUCGCUAGGGAACUUUCCGACGGCAACCUUCCCGACGAAACUUUUUCCGACUUUUUUUCUCGAUAAACUCUUCGUUUUACAUCUGCCUAUAUAAAGUAGGUAGUUUGUUCAUAAUUAAAACACAAAUAAAUAGGGAAAAAAUGUUCAUAGAUGUUUUAUAAACCGAAAAGCAUAAGGGAAAAAAGUCGGAAAAAGUUUCGUCGGAAAGUUCCCUAGCGAAAUGAAAAAAUCGGAAAAGUCGCCGUUUGAAUUUUCGCUGGUGUUUUUUUCAUACCACCGCGGAGCCUAUUUAUAGUCUACUUUUUAUUUUAACUAUUCUCGAUAAAAAUGUGAAACCAAGUACAAAAAUAGCUUGGAAUUAUUUUUCAGAUCGUAUUCUCGUUCUUUUUCGCCGGCGCAGUCCUAUGCUUGGGACUUUCGUUCGCUUUCCAUACUUUGUCAUGUCAUUCGGUGAAUGUUGUCAAAAUUUUCUGCAAGUAAGUUCAAAAUUUUCUUCUCCAUUUCAAUUAUCGUAAUAUCACAGACUGGAUUAUAUGGGUAUUUCUCUGCUUAUCAUUGGCUCUUUCAUUCCUUGGAUUUAUUAUGGAUUCUACUGCCGACGGGAGCCCAAAAUCACAUAUAUUGCAAUGGUCUCCGUUUUGGGUGUUGGUAUGUCGCUUUUUGCAGUUUAUAUCGAACGGAGCUGUUUCCUUCCAGGUGCAAUUGUUGUCUCACUGUGGGACAAGUUCAGUGAGCCGCGUUAUCGGCCCUUCCGCGCUGGAGUUUUCGUUGGAAUGGGCGCUAGUGGUAAAUUUUGCGGUUCUAUUUUUAAAAAUUUCGAAAAAAAGUAUUAAAAUGAAUGAGAAUUUUGGGGCUCAAGGUAAACAUUUAUCGUUAAAGUUUUUACCAAAAAAAUUUAUCCUUAGUAUAUUUAAAAAAAGUUUUUUUCUCUUCGAAAAGUCUUUGGUUCGACUUAAAAAAAUAAUUCUUUUUUUACGAAGUUAUGCCGUUUUCGAAGAAAUUACCGCGAAAUUCAGAGUUUUCUCUGGAUCUCAAAAAUUUAGUUAUUUCUUUUCACUUUCUGACCGCUAUUUUGAGUUGAGUUUGAGCAGAUUUGAACACCCCUUUAUAGUUUUGAACAUUCUAUCUUAAUUCAAAGUCCUUUUAGAAGCGUCAAAUGUUUUGUUUAGACAAGAGCCCUACUGAUUCGCUCUUUUUAAUAAUAAUGCAGUUUGAAAAAAAUUAUUCAGAAAUAAUUUCGCAAAAAAAGAAAUCUGAGAAUGAUCAUUUUUUUGCGUUUCUCAAUCAAAUUUCACAAUGACCUAUUGCGUUUUUGAAAGAGGGAACCGUUCAUUUGAGCAAUAUUAGAGGACAAAAUUUCAGGAAUCGUGCCAACUAUCCACUACAUUAUCACCGACGGGGUGCGGUCACUCUUCGAAGAUAACUCGUUUCAUUGGCUUCUUCUCAUGGCUUUCCUCUACCUGCUUGGGGCCAUGCUUUAUGCCACGAGAACACCUGAGCGUUUCUUCCCUGGAAAAUGCGACAUUUGGGUGAGUCUUCUCGAAAAAAGAAAAUCCAGCUCUUGUAUUUUUUUUUAUCUAGGAGUUUUUAGAAAAAAAAAUCAGUCAAAAAAGGCGAGUGUUGGAAAUUUUAACUUCUUUUUUUGUUUAAUUUUUUUGUUAUUUUAUUUUUUUAAAAUAAAACUUUUUUUGGCUUUUUUUAACAUCAACUUUUCUCAAAUAAGGCUUUUUUUCUCGCAUGCUUUAGGGUCCGCGAAAAAAACAGGAGAGUGCGAUUUUUUAGUUUAUAAUCGAACGUCAGUAAAAAGCUAUAGCCUUUAAAAAAAAAUGGAAAACAUUGAAAUUCAAUGAAAAAGCACGCGCUUACAGUCAAGGAAGAAGUUCCAUUUAUUGUUUUUAGUUAUCAAUAAAUGAGAUUUUGAAACUUUCCUCAAAAAAUUCCCAAUUCCAAUUUCGCGUCCUUGUUCGCGGAGUUCUAUAUUUGGAAGUUUCACCAUAAAAAUUCGAUUUUAUUGGGCUAAGUUCCAUUUUUUAUUUUUCCGAGUGGUAUGGAAAAAAGACCAGCCAAAAUUUGAACGGCGACUUUUCCGAUUUUUUCAUAUCGCUAGGGAACUUUCCGACGGUCACCUUUUCCGACUUUUUUCUCAAUGAACUCUUCGUUUUGAAUCUUCCUAUAUAAAGUAGUCAAUUGAUUCAUGAUUAUAACACAAAGAAAUAGGAAAAUGAAAAGUAAAUAGAUAUUUUAUAAACCGAAAAAUAUAAGGGGAAAAAAUUGGAAAGUUUCCUCGCAAUUUGAAAAAAAUCGGAAAAGUCGCCGUUCGAAAGUUCGCUCGCUUUUUUUUGCAUACCCUCUUAUUAUACUCACAGUCAGAACGAAAGUUUAAACUCUUUGACAAACCUAAUGAUUCGCUGUUUCAGUUCCAAUCUCAUCAGCUUUUCCACACGUGCGUGGUUAUUGCUGCAUUCGUUCACUACUACGGAAUUUCCGAAAUGGCGAUGACUCGUCUGAAUGAACAAUGUCCAGUCGGCGUUUAA